AUGCUACCGCCGAGUGUGAUGGACGUGCAGGACGCUACGCCGCGCGAUGUGGCGAUGAACAGUCGCGGUCUGCUGUCGGAGCCAAUGUGCGGCGCCGAGCUGCGUCCCAUUGAGGCGACGACGUGUUAUGUCGCGAGGUGCCGCGAGGAGUUUGACGAGACCAUCCGCACCGUCUCGGAGCCGGAAUGCUCGAAGCGGAGGAUCGACUCGGCAGGUACCGGUAGCACCAGGUCCGUGCCGGAUGCCCGAUCGCGUCAGGGCUUUUCCAAGGGCUCCGCCUCUUUGCAGAGCCUGGUUCGUCGAAGAAGCCGGAGGCAUGGCGGCUCGUCCCUACCUUCGGAGAUCGAGCUGUCCUCGAGGCAGGCCGUCUACCCUGCCGCCCCAUCGGACAAGAGCAGCACGGCAGUCUUCCGGAACGAUGAGGAGGUGCAAACCGCGACGCCGACGUCGACGCUCGUCUACGCGACCUCGUCGGCGCAACCGUCGACCUCAAGGACCGACAAUCAGACUCAGGACGUUUCCUCGGCUAGCAACGUGGCCACUACUACAGGCAGCAACGUCACGCCGACGACUAACGGCAGCCGCUUCGGCAACGCGGCCGUCUCGCUGAUAAGGACGACCAGCGUCGUGAAGCCGGGACCUUCCACGUCUUCCUCUUGGAACAAUCCCACCGAGCAACAGGAGAGCGAUUAUGUAGUCGAUCCUGUGCAGGGGAACGCUUAUUACAAGGGGCAGUUUCUAGGAAAGGGUGGCUUUGCGAGAGUCUACCUAAUGACUGACGUCAGUAACGGAAAUCAAUACGCGUGCAAGAUUAUUCCGAAGAAUCGAAUGCAAAAGAUCCACAUGCAAAAGAUCGCGCGUGAGAUCAUGAUUCACAAAGAGCUGAAUCACGUCAACGUCGUCCAGAUGCAUCACUACUUCGAGGACAAUCUUAACGUGUACAUGCUUCUAGAAGCCUGUCCACGAAAGAGCUUGAUGCACGUGCUGAAGUACCGUGGCAAAGUCACAGAACCGGAAGCGCGUUACUACAUGAAGCAAAUGGUGACCGGCGUUGCGUACAUCCACUCUCAGAAAGUCGUUCACCGGGAUCUGAAGCCGGGCAACAUGUUCCUGUCGGAUCGGAUGAUCGUCAAGAUCGGCGACUUCGGACUAGCGACCAGACCCGAUGGUCAACGUAGACGAGUGACAAUAUGUGGCACGCCAAACUACAUAGCGCCGGAAGUGUUGUACAAGCAGGCAUACAGCUAUGAGGCGGAUGUUUGGGCAUUGGGUUGCAUAUUGUAUGCCCUGCUGGUGGGCCAACCACCCUUUGACACGGCCACGCUCAAAGAGACCUACGCGAGGAUCUGCAACAAUCACUAUCGCGAAGUGGACGACAGUAUCGCGAGCAGGAGCGGCCAGGACUUAAUCAGGUGGCUACUGCAAUCCAAUCCCGAGCUACGACCGAGUCUGGAAAGAGUGAAGGAACAUGCCUAUCUCACGAAAGAAUAUGUGCCGGUGUCGUUGCCGCAUACUUGCUGUUACCAGAUGCCACCGGCAUCGAUCAUCGAGCCGCCCUCGUCACCGUCUUCGGUAUCCACGGUCGCCAGGAAUCAGCAGGAAGCUAGCAAGUUGCAGAUGUGGCAGCAGAGUAUCGUUCAUCCCGACGCGGCGUCGCCGCGUUAUCAACAGCAACAGCAGCCUAUUCAAGCACAACAGCAAACGCAACAGCAGCCGCAAUUGAAUCUGCUAAAUCGUUCGCAGAAGAGCCUGCAGAAAGAGUCCAAGGUUUCGAGCUGGCUGGUCAGAAAAUUGCCCAAGCUGCCGCGAUUCCGACAGCGACUCAGCAGCGUAUUAUGUCCGGAUCACAAGAAGACUGGCCUCGUUGCGCAAAGUGUGCAGAUGCAUCGCGCUCUAGAGAUAUGCGUAACAGAGAUGAAACGAAACAACGCGUGCAAUCCGCCGAUCGUGGAGGACAUCGUGCCGCUUUUCGUCACAAAGUGGAUCGAUUAUUCAAACAAGUACGGGCUGGGCUUCCAGCUCUCCGACAGGUCAGUCGGCGUUCUCUUCAACGACAACACGAAGAUCAGUUACACUCACGAUAGAAGAAGAGUGGAAUACAUGACGACCGACGAUGAGAUGACGCGAUAUCACAGAGAAAGGGACGUGCCGGUGCCAUUGCAAAAGAAGCUCGAGUUACUCCGUCAUUUUACUGAAUAUAUGGAUGAUUUCUUGACAGAAGGUGGUGAGCUGAAAAAAUAUCGUGCACCACCAAGACAGUCGAAAAAUGCUUGCGUGCCACGAAUGAGAAGGUGGCUGCGUACGGACAAGGCCAUCGUGAUGGAGCUAACGGUACCUCUCCUGCAAGUAAACUUCUUCGUGGACCAUACGAAGAUGGUGGUGUCGCAAGAGACGGCGGGUAGGGGCUACCUGAUCACUUAUAUCGACACCGGCCGUCGCGCAUCCUCCUAUUGGCUAAACGACCUGCGUGACCUCGGCUGCACCGCGGAUCUCUAUGAGCGUCUCUACUACGUCUGCAAGGUGACGCGCGAAUUUGCCGAAUUGGACAAUAAUACGAUCGCUUGACGGUCACCGCGAUAAUUUUCUUAAAAUUUAUCGAGGGGCAAUCAGACGCAAUGAGAGAUUUAAUUCUUAUCCGGAAAAUUUUGUUCAUUUUAAUAAAGCAGCAAUCGAAUAUUAUAUAUAGCGGCCAUAAUAAUUUACACAAAAAGUUGAAAAUUAUUAAUUACUACUUAGUAUAAAUCAUAACUGUUAUAAUGAAAAUAUCAGGAUCUCAGUUACCAGGAUAAAGGUUAAAGAAAUAGCGAUGGUGCAAGUACAUCACGAUAUGUACCGUUACGCGCAUUUUUUAAGACGAGAGAGGAGGGAGGCCGUAAAUAAGAAUGUCACGCGUGUAGGUUUCGCGGAAGGUGUGCCAUGCGAAAGACUGUGGUGCGUGUGCUUCCGUUAAUUUAUGAACCUGUAUAUUGUUUCCACAAAACCAGAAUUGCUUGCCGAAACAGGAUGCUUGCAAAGUUGCAAUCUUGUCUGGACAAGAGUUAAUUCUCUCAUGUAAAGUGAAGACUAGUUAAAUUAAUAAGUAACCGCUCGAUCACACAGACUGCCAUCGCCGGUAUGAUGAUGUUCCCUGAAUUCAGGUAAACUACAUAUAAUACUAUAUCGUUCCUCUCUCGAUAUUAUACAUUACGAAAACAAAAUACACUUGAAAUUCCGAAAGCUAUGCACUAUUUUUACGCACAGUGGCAUUUUUACGCAGAUCUCUUCUCAUUCUAUUUCUCUUAUAUGAAAAUAAUUAAAUAGAUACGCAAAAUCGAGAUUAAUGUGAUAUAAAUAUCAUAACUAAUUGCGAAAUAUUUGGUGACACUUUUCAUCAUAAUGAAAUAUAAAACAGUCGCAACUAUGAGAGUGUCAACUAUAUUACUACUACCUCUGUUAAAUAGAUAGCAUAGGUAGCUCUUAGAAUAUUUAUUUUUCACGACGUGGAUCUCCCUAGUUCAGUGCCUAUGUCGAAUAAGUAAUUGACAUUUGGUAGAUUAGUCUCUUGUUCGGGUAAUCGAAUAUAAUUUUACUCGAUAUUGUGUCACGUGGCAUCUAGUAUCGUUCGGAAUGAUAAAAAUUUUUCCACGUACAAAACUCUUCUUCCAAUAUAAAAAGCACAUGUUAUAUAAAAAUCUAAAAACUCCGUUUUAUGAUUUAUCAUGCUAAGACACCGUGUUGCCUGUAUUAAAUUGCGUGAGAAAGUUGGACGUUUGAAUAUUUGAAGGCAAGCGAUAUCUUUACAAUUGAUCAUCAUAAGAGUCUGAAAAAUAUUUAUAUGUAUGUUUUUCUUCUGUUUCGAGACAUAUUUUAUGAAUUAUCGGAUUUUGAAAAAUUAUUUUCGCGAUCGUUAUUGCCAAAUAUAGAUCUAACGUGCGAUAAUUGUGUGUGCAUUGCAAAAAUUGAGAGAGAGAGACAGAGAGAGGAUUGUCAACAAGAUUAGCAAAGUCCGAGAGUAACAUUUAACAUAGUAUAGAGUCUGCUGCAUUAUUUUUUAAAAGCAGAUUUUGUUCACAAAUUUGGAGUCGAAUUUUUUAAUUUCGUAUAGCAUUAUGCAUGUGUAUAGUAAGAAGGAAUCUCCCAUACGGGAUAUUUCGAUAUUGUUUGUCAUCGAGUACUUAAAACCAACACAAAAUACAUCUUGCCGUGUAUGUGUAUGUGUGUGUAAAUGUGUGGGUGUUACUCGGUGCGAGGAUACGAAAAAAAAGCCUCGGAAAAUUCUUAGCAAAUCCUAGUCACGUUUCUUUUUCCACUUUUCUAGUUUUAAGACGAGCGACAAGUGUCACUGCCAUCGUUGUUACGCCGUGGUAACGCGUUGCUGCUGCAUCCAGGCUGUUACGUUUAAUAGUUAAUACACGCUAUUUAUGUAUUAGUUUCGCGUACGCUUGUUGAAAGUUUAUUGUCGCAGACGGAAGUCUGUGGAAAUUUCUCGCAACCUUCUUGAGCAGAUAAGGUGUGUCCAGUUUAGAAGUUUCAUCUUCACGGACGUUGACACUUCAUUUUUUUACCGUGCAUCUCAAAUUAAUUAGAUGAAUACAUCGUAAAGCCGCUAUACAAACUAAUUAUUAAUCAUUGUGACGCUCCCAGCCAUAUAUGCUCGAUGAAAUUUCUAAACGACAUUGUCACGUUCUCUUGUAUCGCCCACGCGCGUGAUGUCGAAGAAAUUUCUGAGCGACGCGAUCGCGAUUUUUUCGUAUGCAUUUUUCUGGCGCGGCGCACGCAACGCGUCUCGCCUAAAUUGUUUUCUUCCUGUUAUCGUGUAUAUUAAUAUACCACUAUUAGUGUUAUUACUAGCUACUUAGAUUACUAGCUACUUUAUCAUUGUUAUUAUUAUAAAAAUAUUAAUAUUAUUUUAUUAGCGAUUACAUCAUGCUAUUGCGCUAUUGUUCGCUACCGACUAUGCGUCACGACAGCAGCAAUUUUAUCUUUAGCACAAUUAAUUAUUAAUUAUUUACUAGUAAUAGUAGCAAUUCGCUGCAUCGCAUGUGAGUUUGUUAUUUGCACCUAUAAUGCGACGACGAUUAUCAUCGUCACAUGUAAAGAGAGCGCAGUGAUAUUAUCAUAUAUUUUAUUUUUUAUCACGGUGUUUUUUUAUAUUGCAUUACACGCGUCUCGUGCAACGAAGCGGCAAUUAAUACUAAGGAUCUCAGAAUUGUUGCUUUAUUCCUUCUCUAUGAAAAAGAGAAAUGAAGUAUUUGAUUCGAAGCAAUAGACGCUGUUUCAGGCUUUACGAAACAGUAAACUGUCUAAGUUCGAGGGAAAAAGAGUCUCGCUAGUGAAACAUUUAAUAAAGUUACGAUUUUGAUAAAGCAUCAGUGUCUUUGAACAUUU